UAUUAAUAUGCCACGACAUUUCUAGUUACAAGAAAAUACAAAUAUUACUGUAGUAGUUCACAGUACUCUUCAUUAGUAGUUUUGUUUCAAUUUAAAACGCACGCGCACGCACACACAUACACACGCAGUUUGAAGAAAUCAACAAUAAAAAUGAAUGAAAUCUCUACAACAUUCAUUGACGAGACACAAGUACUUCAAGAAACAAUCCACAACUUGAUCAAUGCUAGGAAUCAACAACAACAGCAACAACAAGCCACUUACAUGGAUGAACAAUCCACAAGCUGUCUACCGAAUAGAAUAAAUCUAUCACAAGAAAUUUUAAAAGUGAUUGUUGCUUUGUCUGCCUUGAAAUUACCAAUUCAUUCAUUGUACAAAGAGGAUAAAGCUACACAAACAGAUGAUCUACCCGGUACCUCGUUGAAUUCAACUUAUCAUGGAUUAGCAUCGAAAUGUGUGAGUAUUUCACAAAUGGCUGCAAGUAUAUUUAGUUCAAACAAAAAUACUAAUAAUAACAACAGCAACCAUACAGCAACUUACAUGAAUGAUGUACAAGACAGCAAUGCAUGUCCAUUUAUACGUGUUGUUACACGUAAAAAUGGUAUAUUGAUUCAUUUAGGUCAGUUGAUUAGUAUAGCUGAAGAUCAGAGAUCAUUUAUUAUGCGUAAUGUGAUUAGUUUCGAUCCGUUACGUGUGCAUGAACGAACAAUUUCCACGUUGAAACCAGCGGAAAUUCUAGCACUCACCGAAUCGAAACUACAAAGUCAACAUCGUAAACGAGGGAAUUUGUUAUCGGAAUAUUUACAAAAUCAAAUGAAUUUUGGCAAUUCAGGGAAUUCAUUGUGUGAAAACACCAGUCAAGUCAAUUUAUCCAAUCGAGAGCAUCAUCAUCAAGUCCACGGUCCAUUGCUGAUCACUCCCAGUGAUGUUCUGAUACAUUUUAGUGAAGUACACGAAUUAAGCAUUAUACCAGUGAUACGUUUUGAUCGACCGAAGCAUAUGCGACAGAAUAGUUCCAAUGGUAAAUUUAAACAACUUACACAGUUUGAACACUGUGAACACAGUUAUCACGAUGUGUCUAACACAAGUAAAUUAACAGACGGCACCAAUAAGGAAUCAGAUUUAUCAGUGACGUGUAAUGAGUCUAUGAAUAUUGCCAAUGGUUCUACAAAUUCCGGUCCAUGUGAAGUUACUAGUCAAUCAGCUGAAACGACGAAUAAUGAUAAUUUGUUGAUACUAAAGGAAACCGACCAGGAAGGCGGCAAGAAAUCUUCACUGAAGAAAACAAAUGAGCAGAUGCAAGAUGAAGUCGGAGCAAGAGAAAAAUUGAACACAUCAGUGAAACAUUUGAAAUUCUCCGAAAAUAAAUCAAUCUCACAGAUGGAGUGUAAUGCCGGUAGGAACUGUGACAGCAAUCAAAAUGUCCAACCAGAUCAACCAAUAGAAGUGUCAGACGAACAAAAGCAGAAAGUUGAAAUCAAACCGCAAUCUGUGCGUAAAAUCAAAAAACAUAACACUUCUAUGGAAAGUAGAAGAUGGCCAGAACGGCGUUUUUUCAAUAAACAAAGAUAUUCGGCCGCUGAUAGCAAUGUCAAAACACAAACAAAAUCUCUCAAUUUUUCCGGUACAUCAUUUUUAAAAUGUCCAACAUCAACACCACAUUUGACAAACAAUCGUGCAGGUUCACCGACAAAAUGGUACGAUGACGCGAUUGUAUCGAUAACAAUUCAACAGUCAUCAUUGAUCAAUUCACCGGCGAACUGUUCAAAUAGUUUGUUGAAAACAAGAAAGAAAUUAGCACAGUGACCACUGAAAAGAUUGAAAAUUGAAUUAUCUAUUUAUUCUAUCUGCGGGAUUUAUACAGAAUUUACUCUUGGUUGGUCAAUAAU